AUGUUUUGUUUCAAAGUUGUUGCUGUCUUCGCAGCAUGUUCAUCAGUUGCAAUUGCAAAUCCUGUUAAAGAACGCGCCAACACCUGGAAUUACGACAACCAAAAAGUCCGCGGUGUAAAUCUGGGUGGUUGGUUUGUACUCGAGCCAUGGAUCACGCCUUCACUUUUCGAACAAUGGGCAAAUGGUGGAGGAGUUGUUGACGAGUACACGUACACUGCUGCACUUGGUAAACAGAACGCGCAAAGCAGAUUGACUCAACAUUGGUCAACAUUCAUCACCGAGGGAGACUUCAAAGAGAUCGCAUCUUUCGGCUUAAACCACGUACGAAUUCCAGUCGGUUACUGGGCUUUGAAUCCAAAUCCAGCAGAUCCUUAUGUUCAAGGUCAAUUGCCAUUUCUGGACAAUGCAAUUAGGUGGGCGAGAAAUGCGGGCUUAAGAGUGAUGCUUGAUCUCCAUGGAGCUCCUGGGUCUCAAAAUGGUUUCGAUAAUAGUGGGAAGUAUGGUGCUAUCAACUGGCAAUCUGGAGAUAAUGUCGCCAAUACUCUGACGGCAAUUCAGAAUCUCGUGAACCGAUACAGAAAUGAUCAGGAUGUGGUAACUGCAAUCGAACUACUCAAUGAGCCUGCCAAUUGGGGAAACGAUAUGGGAUUGGUGAAGAAGUUCUAUUAUGAUGGUUGGGGAAAUGUCAGAACUACAUCUAGCAACACUGCUGUUGUGAUUCAUGACGCUUUUCUGGACCCGCAAUCGUGGAAUGGGUUUAUGGGUUAUGGAAGUGGUGUCAACGACGUUAUUCUGGAUACACACAUUUAUCAAAUCUUCUCACAAGGAGAGGUUGCUAUGAAGCCAUGUCAACACGUCCAAACAGCUUGCGCAUCGGCUGGUCGAAUCCAAAACACAGACAAAUGGACCAUAGUGGGAGAAUGGACUGGCGCCCAAACCGACUGCGCCCGCUGGCUCAACGGUCUCGGCAAAGGAGCUCGAUACGAUGGAACCUUUCCUCAAGGAUCGUCAGGUUACUACGGUAGCUGUCAAAACAAAUACACAGGCACCGUCGAUGGUAUGCUCCAAGUCGACAAAACUAACCUCGCAUACUACGUCGAAGCCCAGCUCGACGCGUAUGAAUCCCACAGCGGCUGGGUGUUCUGGACAUGGAAGACGGAAACAGCACCGGAAUGGCAUUUCCAGAAUCUUACGAGGGCUGGCCUGAUUCCGCAGCCGUUGACUAGUAGGAGGUUUCCUUCGCAGUGCGCGACUAGUGCGUGUUUGAUUCCGGGGAAUUAA